ACAGCACUGCAUGCCAAAUAAUUUCGUCGUAUAGUCUUUAACGAGCUUCAGUUUCGAUUGCACUUUGCAACUCAACAUACAUAUUACGCAUAUAUUAUCUUAUUUCUUGAUUUAGACUUAAAAUAUGCGAUCACUAUACAUUAUAAUUGUAUUAUUGCCUAUUUUCGGAUCGUGCUUCACGAUGGCUGUUGAGAAUGCAGCCACGUGUAAUUGCGAGCACUGUGACGAGAAAAAAGUGAUCGGUUUGGGAGAGGAGACGACUACUCACGUGAGGGAGGUCAUAUAUGAGGAGGACAGCGAUAAUGAUGGUAAUCGGACAAUUUGCGCCAGGAAUCGUGAUUUUAACGAUCGCACUUUCCCAAGUGUCUGUCACAUGUUAUGUUACAAUCAUUGUACUAGAUAUCGCAUGGUGGCAGAUAAGAGAAAUGACGUAAAAAAGUAUGUCGUAAUUGCGUAUAGAUCAAAUUAUUACAAAUUGAAAGAUGGAUUGUGCUGAGGAUCAUAUAACUGAAAGGCUUGAUAUACAUAUAUGAUCAUUACAAAAAAUUGAGCAGCACAUGUUUUUGCAAAUUUAUAUUGUAUAUAUAUCAAUGUAAAAGAAUAUAUAUGUAUGUAUCUAAAUAAUUUUAUUAGCCAAUAGCUGGAUGAUUUAUUUUUCAGAUAUAAGAUGCGCUCUGUUUGACGUCAGAAAAAUCUCAAAGCAUUCGAUUGGCCAAUUGCAACAAAAAAAUUUUUGCCCUUUUCGUUCUGAUUGGUGACUCGAACGCUUCGAAAUGUUCGUAGCGUCAAAGUGCGCCCAUAAAUAUCUUGAGAUUCUUAGACAUAGUUUCCGAAAUAGCCGCUAUAGUGCGCUGUAAAUAUUAUGCUUUCCUGUGAUCAAAAUUCCUCUAAAUAGAUUGAAAUACAGUGAAGCUACGAGUGAAAAGCAUACUUACCUGGCGUAGAGGCUACCGUGAUCAACAAGGCGGUUCCUCCAGGGAGAGGCCUUUUACCAUUGCACUACGGUUUGAGGCUGACCCCUGCGAAUGUCCCUAAUGUGGAUAUCUCGGACGUAUAAUUUUUGAUAGCCGGGACU